AACGACAAAUAAACAAAGCCUGACUCAUGGAGAGUCAUAUGACACUGUCGGGUCACGUGAUAAAAUGACAAAUAAAGUCGAGCACAGCAGCGUUUUAUCCACUUCACCGGCUCCGGUUUUGAGCUGAUAUAUUCACUUACACCGUGAAAAUACGUGCACGAAAAUCGUUCAUGGGUUUGCAUCUGAUAUUUUGAAGAGCAUUAGUUUUGUGGAUCAGCAGUGAAACACAAUGGUACGCGCGGGUGUUGUAGUGUUAUUAUGUGUGUGUCUGAGUGUGUGUGCCGCUCUGAUUUGUCCUGAUGGAGGGAUGUGUGAAGAUGGAAACACCUGCUGUCUGACGCCGUCAGGAGGAUACGGCUGCUGCCCGCUACCCAAUGCAGAAUGUUGCUCCGAUCACUUGCAUUGCUGUUAUCAGGGCACUCUGUGCGACCUGGUGCACUCCAAGUGUGUGAACAAGACGCACACUUUAGACUGGGUGGAAAAAGUUGCCACAAAGCCGCAUGCAGUAAUUUGUCCAGAUCAGGAGUCUGAGUGUCCCGAUGACACCACCUGCUGCCAGAUGCCUGAUGGGAGCUGGGGCUGCUGUCCUAUGAAAGAUGCCGUGUGCUGUGAAGAUAAGCAACAUUGCUGUCCACAGGGAACUAAAUGUGACCUUGAGCAUUCAAAGUGUGUGUCGGCAACAUAUGGCCCCUCACCGCUCUGGAGGAAGUUCGCUGCCCGUCGUAGGAAACCAUUAAAGAGGACAGCAGUUGCUCCACCUAAAGACUCCGGUGAUGUUGGAGAUGUGAUCUGUCCAGAUGAGAUUUCCACAUGUCCGGAUGAUACAACGUGCUGUAAACUAGAUACCGGAAGUUACGGGUGCUGCCCGAUGCCAAAUGCUGUGUGCUGUUCUGAUCAUUUGCACUGCUGCCCAGAGGCCACGACCUGUGAUAUUGUUCACAGUAAGUGUGUGUCGGCUGAUGGCAUCAUGGUAAAAAUGGCCACUAAGAUCCCAGCCACUUCCCUGAAGCCUGAAGAAAAACUGGUUCCCUGCAAUGAAACCGUAGCAUGUGAGAGUGGUACCACCUGCUGUAAAACGCAGAAAGGCACCUGGGCUUGCUGUCCUUUGCCAAAGGCGGUGUGUUGUGAGGACCACAUCCACUGCUGUCCACAGGACACGGUGUGUAAUGUUGCGGCGGGCAGCUGUGAUGACCCUGCUGACCUUUCAGUGUCUGUACCUUGGGUGGCAAAGGUGCCCACCUUUGCAAUAGCUCCAUCCAGUGAGAAAUGCGAUGAGACAUAUGCGUGCCCUGAUGGUUCCACCUGCUGCAGACUCUCAUCUGGAAAAUGGGGCUGCUGCCCACUGCCACAAGCAGUGUGUUGUGAGGAUCAUCUCCAUUGUUGUCCCCACGAUACCGUGUGUAAUCUGGCCGCCAGCACUUGUGACAGUACCAGCGAUCAGGGUCCCCGUUUUUCUGUGCCUUUGGUAAAGAAAAUCCCUGCCAUGACCCUGGCAUCACAGAGCCAAAACUGUGAUGAGACAUCAUUGUGUCCAGCAGGAACAACCUGCUGUAGACUCACCUCAGGAUCAUGGGCGUGCUGUCCUAUGCCACAGGCCGUGUGCUGUGCCGAUCAGGAGCACUGCUGUCCGCAGGGAUACAAGUGUGACUUGACUCACAAUACCUGUGUACGUCCUGGCCUUCCCAGCAUGCCCUUGUUCAGGAAGCAGUCUGCUCUAAAGCUAUCUGAUGAUCAUGCUCCAGUGGACAGAAACAUGUGUGACGACAAAACCAGCUGUCCAGAAGACGACACAUGCUGCUUCAUGAACAACCUCGGCAAGUGGGGCUGCUGUCCGCUGCCAAAGGCGGUGUGUUGUAAGAAUGGCAAUCACUGCUGUCCUAAAGGCUACACGUGUAAUGAGAAGAAAACGUCCUGCACUAAAGCUUACCACGAGAUCCCCUGGUACACUAAACAAGAGGCCAAGGUCGUGAAGGGGUCAGAGGUGCAGCUCGGACAUGAAGAUGUGAAGUGCGACUCGACGACCAGUUGUGCGGCUGGUUCUACCUGUUGUCAAUUACCCACAGGGCAGUGGGGCUGUUGCCCUCUUGUCAAAGCGGUGUGUUGUGAGGAUCACGAGCACUGCUGUCCACAGGGCUACACCUGCGACCUCGAAUUCGGGACCUGUGUUAAAGCGUCCGGUUUGCACAGUGUUCCUCUGACGCAGUUACAAACACAAACUGACAGGCGUUCAGAAGAGGAGGUGCUGUGUGACGCGUCCACACGCUGCUCAAACACACAAAGCUGCUGUAGACUGUCAGACUCCACAUGGGCCUGCUGUCCUUAUAAAGAGGCGGUCUGCUGUGAAGACAUGAAGCACUGUUGCCCCAUGGGAUACAAAUGUGACCCACAAGUCCAAGGUUGCACUAAAGCCUCCACAUCCACGUGGUGGGAGAAUUCACUUUAAAUGACAAACCACAGACUGACACCACUGAACCACGUCAUAACACAAAUACACACACUCGCUAAAUAUUGCAUAAAGUUUCAGACAAGGGACUAUGCAUCUAGCUUUUUUUUAAUAAAUAUUUCGUUUUUACUGGAAUUUAAAAACAUACCAAGCCUUAUAUUUAGCCAGGAUACACUGAAAGACUUAUUGGUUUUUGAUUUAAAUAAGUUUGUUAAAAAGAAACCAGGGCACAUUUUAAAAAGGCUGAAGUUCUGAGUGAUUCCCAGUUGCUUAAAAAUAAAGAGUAGAAGACAUUGAAAUGAAAAUUAGAAGCUAAAUGACCCAUUAUAAUGGCAUAAAUGUUAGUAUGAUGCUGAUUUGAUGUAUUUUGAGUAUGCAAGAAAAGCUACCGAGAUUAUAAAAAAAAAGUUUUUUUAUUUUUUAUUUUUUCCCCAACUCUAAAUCUAAUUGGGAAAAUAUAUAGAAAAUCUAUUAGUAGCUCCAAAUGCAGUCGGCUCUUGACAUUAAUGAAUGUCGCCAACCAUUUAACCCUAUAAUUUACGUAGAGGCUGUUGCAUGUAGGGUUAAUUCAACUUUUGUUUGCUUAUUUUAAAAUUUUGAAUUGUUCCGAGGUGUUUGUGUGCAUUUUUAAGAAUCGUUUGAAUAACUGAAAGUGUUUAAAUUCAAAUUCAAAUGUUAUUCUGAACAUUCACUAUAGCUGCUUUAGUGUUUUGUGUGUUUUUAUUAGAUUUUUUGUUUAUCUGAAGGGUGAAAUGAAUCUUGUGACAGUAUGAGAGUUGAUUCUUUUUAGUUUUUUCCUGUUAUUUGUUGAAGUGCAUUUGUUGUUUGGUUUUUGGUUCAUAAUUAUGCCGGAAAAAACACUGAAAUUAAAUACUUUUCAAAUAGA